AAACCCGGCCCCGGAUGUCUGAAUUCUCCGUGAGAGCCACCGUCAUUUCUCGCUACGCUUUUACCACCGUCUCUUGCACUUUGGUGAACAGCGGCUCAGAAGCCAGAGAAGGCAUCUUUGAAAUGCAGAUCCCUGUCACAGCCUUUAUUUCCAAUUUUACCAUGGUUAUUGGUGAUCGGGUUUACCAUGGGGAAGUUAUCGGGAAAGACCGGACGCAUGGUGAUAUAGGAAGAAAGCACCGAUACUCACGCCCCACAGAGGACGGGGAGAAUGGAGUGGAGACCUUCAGAGCCUCUGGCAUGAUCCCCCGGAAGGCCGAGGCGGUUUUCCUCCUACACUACGAGGAGCUCUUGCAGAGGCGACUGGGGAUGUAUCAGUACACCGUCAGCAUCCGGCCCCAGCAGCUGGUGGGGAAGCUACGCGUGGAGGUGAACAUCCUUGAGAAUUCGGGGAUCAACUCCCUGGAAGUGCUGCCCCUCCAAAACAGCAGGAGCAAAGGCAACGGGGAGAAGACAGGUGACUCUUCCCCACCGCCAUCAACAGUGAUCGGACAGACAAAAACUUUAGCCAAAGUAACUUUCAGUCCCAGUGUGGUCCAGCAAACCCAGAUUGCAAGGAAUGGCGUUCUCGGAGAUUUUAUUGUCAGAUAUGAUGUCAAUCGAGAACUGAGUGUUGGAGAUGUCCAGGUUUUGAACGGAUAUUUUGUCCACUAUUUUGCGCCCAAAGAUCUCCCUCCGCUACCCAAGAAUGUUGUCUUCGUGCUCGACAGCAGCGCCUCCAUGGUGGGAACAAAACUCAGGCAGACCAAAGAUGCACUGUUCACCAUUCUCCAAGACCUAAGACCUGAGGAUCACUUUAACAUCAUUGGCUUCUCCAACCGGAUCAAGGUUUGGCAACAAGACCAGCUCGUGCCGGUGACUCCAAACAACAUCAGAGAUGCAAAGAUCUACAUCCACAACAUGUCACCCACUGGAGGCACAAACAUUAAUGGGGCGCUCCAGAUCAGUACCAGGAUCCUCAAUGACUACAUCGCCCAGAACGACAUUGAAGAGCGAAGCGUCUCCCUGAUCAUCUUCUUGACCGAUGGGCGGCCCACGGUUGGGGAGACAGAGCCGGCCAAGAUAAUCAACAACACCAAGGAUGCCAUCCGGAACAAGUUCUGUCUUUUCACCAUUGGCACCGGCAAUGAUGUGGACUACCAGCUUUUGGAGAGGCUGGCGCUGGAGAACUGUGGCAUGACGAGGCGCAUACGGGAGGACGAGGAUGCAGCAGCGCAACUGAAAGGGUUCUACGACGAGAUCAGCACACCUCUUCUGUCCGACAUCCGGGUGGACUACCCUCCAGAGAGUGUGGACAAAGUCACCCGGAAUCUCUUUCCCAACUAUUUCAACGGAUCUGAAAUUGUCAUCGCCGGGAAACUCUUCAACCAGACCACCGACCGCUUACAUGUAGAAGUGACGGCCAGCAACAGCAACAAGUAUGUCCUCCUCAAAACGGACGUGGCCAUUGAUCUCACCACCAAGAACCAUCUCGGAAGAGCUUCCAGCAUUGAAGACCCAACCGAGGGCCAGAACUACGUGGAGAGGACGUGGAGCUACCUCACCAUCAAGGAGCUGUUGACUUCCUGGCUGAAGAGCGACGAUGGGGAAGAGAAAGAAUCUCUGAGGGAGAAAGCAAAGAAUUUGGCCCUCAUGUACAACUUUGUCACCCCCUUCACCACCCUGAAGAUGAAGGAGCUUGCCCUUCAGGCAGAGCUCCCCAAGGAGGUCUACAUCGGCCCAUCGGUGGGUGGAGUUGGAGAGAUCGUACAGGGGUUACAAGGUCACUGGGCACCUGCAGGUUCAAUUCUAGAAAUACCAAAGAAGCAAGGGAUGAAUGUGACCAAAACAUCUGAGUGUAUCUCUCAACAUAUUUCUCAUGAGAGACACCAAAUCUUUUUGUUUUACUCUCCUUUCCUUGUGUCUUUAGGUGUGACUGUGAACGGCCAACUCAUAGGCGCUCCGGCCCCCCGCCACGGACACAAGAAACAGAGGACCUACUUCCGCAGCAUCACCAUCCUCAAUAACCAACCGGAGAGGUCCUACCUGGAGGUCACGCCCACAAAGGUCAUCUUGGAUGACGGGAAGAGGCUUGUCCUGCCUUGUGCCCGCAGUGCCACGGUGGCAAGCAAGAACCUCGAGGUCUCUAUCUUUGCCCUCUCCAAUGUCACCGUGGUCCUGCGGGGCACCAUCGGGUUUGUGAUUCUGAUCCACCACUAUAAGAACCCUGCCCCUUACCAGAAGGACCAUCUGGGGUUCUACAUCUCUAACAGCCAAGGCCUUUCUGCAAACUCUCACGGGCUGAUAGGUCAGUUCUUACACCAAGACGUCCAGCUGAUCCAGGAGUCCCUGGAACCAACUCAUCAUGCCGCCAGUAGGGACCAAACCAAGGGCAUGAACUUAAACCCUGGGGCAACCUUAAAGCUGAAAGGGCGUUCCGUCCCUGUGGUGUGGAAGCAAAGGAAGAUCUACAACGGGGAGCAGGAAGUGGACUGCUGGUUUGCCAGGAACAACGCAGAGAAGCUGAUAGAUGGACACUACAAGGAUUACCUGGCCUCACACCCUUUCGACACAGGGACUAGCUGUUCAAUGGAGGACAGACUCUGAGGAAAGACAAUCCCAACUGCUUUUCAACAUGGACAAGACCAUCCAAGAAGACUCUUGAGCACUUUCCUAGGCCAAAGCAACCAAGUUUCUCCAACUUCUUUUGGAAAGCAGUUCUGUUCGCACAACGGCCGACGGCCCUCGGGUUGAUUUAAAACACUUUCUCCCCCAGGAACUCUUAAUAAGCUUUGUCUGACGGGAGAGAUUCGAGAAAUAGCCAGACAGAGACAUAUGAAGAGGGCUCUCACUGCCCAUAAUGUAGGGAAUGUGGGUAGAUGACAAGGCUCAAAAGAUUCAUAUUUCCGCCUUGUGGGAUUUUGGUGCUGUGUCUUAUUUGUAUAUGUGGGGAUUGGGCAAGGGUUUCGAGUUUGGAAAUGACGAGGCAAAACCCAGUGAAAAUAAAGCUCUUUUAAUAAAUCCUGUUGAUUUCCGCUGGUGAAUGUGAAGCCCAUGGUUUAGCCUCUACCUUGAGGCCGAUGGGAUUGAGGUGUGACUACGUGGUAGUUUACUCCAUGGUUUGUGUCAAAGUUGGCAUGGGGUAAAUUCAAUGUGUUUUCAGUCAACGACAUGAUGUACAGCUAAUUGCAAGUAAA